GUUGCGGAAGUCGGGUUUGAAGACUCUUCGUAAAUCUGCAAGCGCGUCGAACGACCGUCCAGGCCACCAGUAUGGUGUGAAGCCGUUGGACGUACAUACGGGCAUGCUCAGGCAGCUACGGAGGUUUCUGGAGAGUGCACACCAUCAACGAUCUGUUGUGCACGUGGAAAUCGAGAAGGGAUUAUCAGAGGCGGAGCGAAGGAAACUUAUGGGCGAUUAUAUGAUGAAGAAACGUACUGCUAUAGUGUGUGUUGGUCAUCCUGAUGCGGGCUAUCUGGGGUAUGUGAGGGGACUGGUGGGAACUGAGUUGGAGAGGAGGAAGAUGAGUAAGGCCCGAGGUGAAUGGAAGAAGAAGAUGCUGGAGUACACCAAGAGGAAGGAGGAGAGAGAGGCUCAGAAGAAACGUGAGUCGUUGAUGGAAGCAGCUGCUAAGGCUAGGAAGGAUGCGGCGGAGGAGGCACGUCAGAAGAGACAGGAGGCGGCGGCAAGGGCGGCUGCAGCGAAGAAGGCGGCUGAGGCGCGCACUUCGGGUGGAGGAGGAGCAGGGAUGGGAGAUGCGCAGGGACCGGUGGGAAGUGGUCAGAGUCCUAGUGGGAUGGAGAAUGGUAUGACUGGUGUGGCUGAGGAGGAGAGGGAGAAGGGAGAAGAGGAGGAGACUGAACCACAGAUGCCGGAGGUAGAGGUCACUUCGGAAGAGAUAACAGCGAAAAUGGCUGGAGGAGGACGGUUCCGGAAGAUGCCUCUGCCGGACCUGACGAAGGAUGCCGUCACUACAGCGUACUUGCGUUUUUCACUCCCGACUGUGGACGAAGAGCUGAAGCCGGGCGUACCUGUCUUUGAUGAAGUGCGCUUCGUGUGGGAUGAGGAAGAGGAGGCUAGAAG